AAGAAGUUAGUGAAUAUGAUGCCUCAAUUCUCUGAUCCUAUCGAAUACCCCACAGGAUACGAGUUCGCCAAGGGUGCCAUGGACAUCUGUAAACACAACUUAGACGUGAUGACAAAAGCCUUUAAAGACCAGCCUGUGCCUCAGGAUGCCCCACAGAACUCCAUCUAUACUAGAGAUGAUGUACAGCUGGGAGCACAGAACACACUCAUCUGUCACUUCAUGCGUUUCUUCCCUCCACAUGUUACUGUGCGCUGGACCAAGAACGGUGAAGACGUGUCGGACAAAUCCACACUCAGUCAGUUCUACCUGAAUAAGGACAACACCUUCAACCAGUUCUCUCACCUGUCCUUCACCCCACAGGAAGGAGACAUUUACACCUGCACAGUGGAGCACAAGGCGCUGGAUUCACCUGACACCAGGACAUGGGAGGUGAAUGUUGAACUUCCCAGUGUUGGUCCGUCUGUGUUUUGUGGUGUUGGUCUGUUUGUAGGUUUGCUCGGAGUCGCUACUGGAACUUUCUUCCUGGUUAAAGGAAACCAGUGUAACUGAAGCUUCAGACAGAGGUGAAGAGACGCAUCAGAUUCCUGAGAAGAAAAUUUUUCAUUUCACAAAAUAAACUGUACAUUAACUCAUAGUGUAUUUCAUCUGUUAGAGCACUGAAAUGUUUAUCUGUUCCACUGUACACUUUCUUUACUUACUGCACAAAUCUAUUAAAUUUAUUUUCCAAAAAUUGAUGUUAGAUGAGAAAAUGCAAAUGAACAGGAAUAUGAGUGCUUAAAAUAAUAAAAGAAAUGAACUUUAUAAACAA